GCAGCAUCGGCCGUUGGACCCGUAAGCACCACGUACGGCACGUACCGCCCUUACCAUCGCACGCGCGUACACACGCGUCGUACACACACACACAUACACACACACAUAUACAUCACACACACACACACACACGUACACGCGCGCGAUAUAAAAAUACCUAUUGCCCGCGGGGACUGAUUGUGUAUUGGUAACCUGGUGUACGACUCACGCGAACGCGUAUGCGACACAUCGCGGGGGACAUAUGUAGCACCCACACGCCGCAGCGUGUGCGUCUCGCUGAUUUUGACCCCGCGAGAGAGAAGGACACCGCGUGCACAGUGAGAACGAGAGCCACCCUACGAAGUCUUCGCGACCCCUCGGCCUCCCGGAAGAAGGGGUCUUCCCUCGCGGAAUCGGCAAGUGUCCCUGCCGAUCGACCAGCACGGCGUCCAGCAUAUAUAUACCGCGCGGACGCUGGAAACUGGCAUAGGGAAGUAACAAGUGCGAAGAGUCUCAAGUGGGACGGAAUCUCGGAUGGUCCGUUUUGGAUGGGUAGCUCGGUUUGAUGCAGCGCCGCUGAAUCACGCAGGGGACCGGUUUCGGUGACGACGUUUAGCUAGGGGGCUAGCAGAAGUGGUGAAGUGCACAGUGCCGGCCAGUUUCCGAUCUCGGUGGAGCGUGAGUGUGAAGAGAUGGCGUCGGCGGCAGCGGAAUUGGUAGCGGAGAGAGAGCCGGAGCUGAGGAUCGAGAUGACGGAUUCGAAUAGGACUUUCGGAGGUGCCCAGGGCCUGGUCAGAAUGGCGCUGGAUCAGUACACGGAAAUCCUCACGACAGUUUCCGAUCCACGUGUCAGCGAUUGGCCGCUAAUGGACUCGCCUGUACCGACAAUCCUUAUUGUGCUCCUUUACCUGUACGGUGUGGUCAUAUUCGGUCCGCGUAUGAUGGCAAACAAAAAGCCAUAUAAACUCAGAGGAGUCCUGGUGGCGUACAAUGCGUUUCAAGUCGUCUUCUCGCUAGGGAUGCUAUACGAGCACUUAAUGUCCGGAUGGCUGUUGGACUACAGCUAUAAAUGUCAACCGGUCGAUUACUCCCACAAUCCAUCCGCUCUGAGGAUGGCGAACCUCUGUUGGUGGUACUUCAUCAGCAAAUUCACGGAAUUCGCUGACACGAUAUUCUUCGUGUUGCGCAAGAAGGACAGUCAGGUGACAUUCCUGCACUUGUAUCACCAUUCUCUCACACCCCUCGAGACGUGGAUCUGCGUGAAAUUUAUCGCGGGCGGACACGGCACCCUGGGCAAUCUUAUAAACAACGCGGUGCACGUGGUAAUGUACGCGUAUUACAUGUUGGCGGCCAUGGGCCCGGAAUAUCAGAAGUACUUAUGGUGGAAGAAGCAUCUAACUACCGUACAAUUGGUGCAGUUCUUCCUGGUGUUCGUGCAUAGCGCGCAGGCCCUCAUCUUCGAUUGCGGCUAUCCGAAACUGAUCGCGGCCCUCCUGCUACUUCACGCGACGAUCUUCUUCGUGCUCUUCUCCGACUUUUACAGGUCCGCUUACCGCAGAGGAAAGUCCGCGAAGGAACUCAAGGCUGAAUAGAACACACGAAGGAACACACAUAACGAAAGGGAAAAUCUUCGUCCCCGAGACGACGUACGAAACACGCGCAAUACACACGUACACACAUGUCGCGUCGAAACUGUGACUCCUUUCUACACCGGUGAACUUUUAAACGCUCGUUAUAAUGUAUCAACAGAUGAGGAACUUAUUAAGCGAUCGUACAUACUUGAAAAUGUCAAUUGUCAGCGGAAGACGUGCGAGGGGAAUAAAUGUUUAAAUACGCGUGGUUCUGUACGAUCGCGAAUGUCGCGGAAUUUCUGAUAUAUUCCGAACACGGCGGUAUUAUUGAAAGGUCGAUGCAACAGUAGAAUUACGCGGCAGCGCCGAGCAAAAACAUUGUGCCGACAAUAUAAUUUAUGAUUCUUAUACAAUGAAAUAACGAUUAUAAAGAAAUGCAAGUAGCGUAUAGUAGGGGAAAAUCUCGUAGCAAAGAAAACGGAUAAAUGGGGAAAAGAAGGGUCAGUCGGUCAACGGGUUAAUGCUAUAUUGUAUUUCUUAUCUGUUUGGCAAGGCGAUACGACGAAAAAGUCUGCGAGACACGGGAAGGACUGGCCAUUAGAAAUAUAGUAAAUUAUAGAAAUACCUUUACGCCGGGCGGCGAUCGAGUGUGAAAUGUGAUUGUUUGGUUUCGCUUUUGCGAUAGUGAUAAAUUUGUAUCAGGCUGCCGAUAUACACGAGAACGUCGCGUCUGAAAAGCCCCCCCGAUACGCGAUCGAGGUCAAAACGUUUCACUGGUGCGGAGCAUGGAGAUUGCUUCCGUGAGGAAGAGGAUUCUUAUUUCGUUACACCCUCCCCGAGCGUAUGUAUCUUCCGCAGGAUAUCUCAGGUCUCGCGAGCGCACCCUUGGAUUAAUUUAAAUGUGUCGCCUCUAUUUUAAUCGAUCUCUAAUUUAUAUUGUUCUUUACGAGCUUAAGAAAAAUGUCACGAGGAAUAAGUAAAAUAAAUGGUAAAUGUAACUUUUCCCUUUUUGAGAACAUAAAAUCUGGAAGAAUCCUAUCGCAUCUUUGAAGAUGCGAUAAACACGAGAAGGAACGCAGAGACGAAACGAAGCAAUAAUAAAUUGUAUACGAGUUGAAAUUUAUGUGAUUAUAAUUACAGUUAGAAAAAUACUCUGCCGUAUUAAUCGAUUUUGAAAAAUUGUGCAAUUAAAAAUUAUGUUCGAUAUUUAUAAUUUUUAGAAUUUAAACAGUGUAAGAUAAUCAAAAUUCUGAAAAUUUUUUUUCACACGCGCGAUAUUUUGCACAAUUUCGAAAUAAUUCUGGUGCCAGUUAAUUAGUGUAAAAAGGAAAAGAAAUAUAUCCGAGAGACUCAUCUUUGCAUACUUAUAUUUAAAGCAAUCAAGAAGCACACUGCAACUUUUCAAUUCGAGAAACGUGAAGCAAUUGGGAAACGUGCAAUAUAUAUGUUCAAUGCUGAAAAACUCUCGGAUAUACCGCAGUGCGGUAUGGAUCACGGACAGGCCCCUACCAAUAAAUUUACAUCGAGAAAUAGCUGGAUUGCGCAAACAAAUUUAUAUGUCCAUAUCAAUGAUGCAUUUUUAUAAUACAAAUCCAAUCUUUUCGAAGAACGUCUCACGACUUACCGCAGCGAGCUACUACGAACGAACGGAGUUUACAGCAUGUCGCGUACUAAACAUAUAUAUAUAUGAAUACCUCAAAUUAUUUUUAAUCUAUAUUUAACCAGAUUUUAUUGCUUCGUUUCGUCUUGUUGAAACUCACCAUUCUGUGAGGCACAGAGAGGCGAUAUACAUAUGGAAGUGUAUUUAUUGUUUGGCAUAACGGUGAGGAUUGUUCCGCGAGACCACGCCGAAUGUUUCACCACUUGUUCUUACUUCCACGGGGAUUUUUACAUGCAGCGUAGACGCGAGAUGACGAGUGUCGAGUAGCGGAGGCGGUAGAACCGGCGCGGACGCACGGUCCGACGCCGUCGGAGAGGACCCGCGGAGUUGCGGCACGUCCGCGCGGCGCUUCCCGUUUUAUCGAUUCCCCUCGGUGAAGCUGCGCAGGCCACACUCGCGAGGAGCGCGCGACAUAUCGCGGAACGCCGCGAACAAUGCCGGAGACUACGAGACGACGGCCCGAGGGGCGGUCGCGCGACGAGACCUCUCGAGAAACUAACCGUUGUACGAUAGGGAUGAUAAGUUAUUAAAAGUCUCUCGGACGCGAGACAAUAAUCUUAGGGUCACGGCGUACACCGGUCGCGCGUGCACCGUCUUGUACAUAUUGUAUCUCCCAUUUUGUAACGAUGAAUAAAAUAUUAAUUAAAAUGUU